AUGGCUGCCGCGAUUGAGAGUCAGCAGGCUGUUCCUCUGCCACCCGAUGGCCAUGACGGUUCAUCACCAUCCACCACUACUCGCAUCGUCCCCAUUCCGACCCCGACUAUCCAAACAUCUGCCCCCUCGCCGGGAGAUCCCAUGGAGAUCACGAUGCCCACCACCGCCGGCGGUCGAUCGCCCCCCCAUUCGCAAAACGGCACCAGCAUCAACGGUGGGAGCAACAACAAUGGCAAUGGCAACGGCAACGGCAGCGGCACCCCAGAACCAGGCGCGAAGAACACGUCGCCGGGCGCAUCUCAACCUGCUAGCCACAUGAGCUCCAUGCCAGCCCCGCCGGCGGCGGCGGCGGCGGCUGUGCACCAGCCAAAGAUUGUGCAGACGGCCUUCAUCCACAAGCUUUACAACAUGCUGGAAGACCCAAGUAUACAGCACUUGAUAUCGUGGUCACCUACGGCCGAGAGCUUCGUCAUGUCUCCGUCCCCCGAUUUCUCUAAAGUUCUUGCGCAAUACUUCAAACACACCAACAUCUCCUCUUUUGUGCGACAGUUGAACAUGUAUGGCUUCCAUAAAGUGAGCGAUGCAUUCCACACGGGCAAUCCGGACAUGGCACUUUGGGAGUUUAAGCACGGCAACGGGAACUUCAAGAGAGGUGACCUCGUGGGUCUACGAGAGAUCAAGCGCCGGGCGUCGCGUCACGCGCUCGUCCACCGCGACUAUCCGAACACCAAGCCCAGCACUUCGCAGCCAGGCACACCUGCAGAGCCCAUGCCUCCGCCACCUCCAGAAAGUGCUGAGACGAGGGGAGGCAGUGUCGAGCACGCUUUGAACUUUCAAGAGCGGUCUUGGGUCUUGUUCCUGACCAAGGACAUCCUGUUUACCGAGACGGCAGUCAUCAAUCUGCAGUCCGAGAUGCACCGUCAGGCUGACCUACUCCGGUCUGUCGACGAGCCUGAGCCGCCGUUCUCUGCAAGCCGUUCGUACUUUUCCAACAUUGAGAACGCCCCCGUCUCUCCACGACAGAUGCCCCAAGACGACCCUAGGAGGACCAACCUGACGGUACCCUCGGCACGAGGUCAGGGGAACUUCCACCGACCGCCAAUCCCCUCAAACCUGUCUAUCAGCACGCAACGACGCUACAGCUCCAUCGGAUCAAACACCGCGCCGCAAUCACCUUCUCCGCUGCGAGGAGCACCGCCACCUCCCCCGCAACCCCACCCGCUCGCACAGGUUGCGCACUCGGAGAUUGAUCCGCCUCCGGGAAGUCUUGCUCGUCGGCACACCUCGGCAGAUAUUCGGGCUCCCGGAUGGCAAGGCAAUCCACCAUUUCCGUCAUCCGGACCGCCAUCGACGCAUUGGCCCUCGUCACCAAGCCGCGUCGCGCCAGAGGAUCAGCGCAUUCGGGACUCACUUUCGACGUACUCUUUGCAGUCCGCCUCCCAGCAUCAUCCGUCAUCGAGGCCGGCAACGCCGCCGCCGCCUUCCAACUUCCACAACGGCGGUGGAGGCGGCGUUGGUGACGGCCCGUACUCUUUUGCUGUUUGGCAUGGAACUCGGCGAGCCGCGCUAGUCUGUUUGUUAAGACAGCUCGCUUCCUCCCCUCAGCGCGGAAUCAUGGCGCACUAG